AUCAAAAUCAUACAUGAGCUACAUCAUAGAGUAUUUAUAGCAUCCCAAUAAAAUGGAAUUAAAAUACUGUAAAAAUCAAUCUUAUAAUGAAAAGUCGUUUAUCGAUAUAAAACGCCGGAGAAAGGAUAAUAACAAAAAACAAUAAGACAAUAAGAACCUUUUUGAAUAAAAUUCCUGGCUUAUUUACCUAAUCUGAAUAUAAAUGUAAUCGAUUGAAAGUAAGUGUUCAUACCUUAUAUAACUUCAGUCGGAAUUGUUUUAUCACUGAAGUGUGGUCGAUUGCUCUAUUGUGAUCUGUUGUCUUUUGGAUGUAAAUCAAACAAAUUUAAAUAGUUUUUAGAGGGCAGUUCAAUAUACAAGAAGUCGGCACAUAAUUAGAAACACUGCUCAUGAUGUGGCGGUUUCACGACUCGUACCGAAUUGACUGAUUUUAAUAUUUUCACAGGCAUCCAAUAAAUACGUGCGUUACAAGAAAGUGAUGCAGUCUUUGUGUCCCUCGGAAGUUGAUAUGUACAGAGAGGCCUUUAGUUUCUUUGACAAAACGAAGAAAGGGUACAUAGUGGCGGAGGACUUUGAGCGAGCCCUAACAAGGAUAAAUCAGAUCAAUCAAACCCCCACCACCAGGGAAGAGGCUGAAAGUCUCGUCAAGGAGUAUGAUGUCAACGGUGAUGGCAAAAUAACUUUUGAGGAAUUAGUCGUAUCUAUUGUAAAACGGUUAGAAACAAAGGACAAGGACUCCGAACUUCAGAAACUGUUUAAGAAUUUCGAUUCUGACAAUGACGGCGCACUCAACAAGGAGGAACUAGUCGCUCUGCUAGGCUCUUUAGACGACAAAGUAUCAGCCACAGACAUCGAGGAAAUUGUAGCAGAUUUUGAAGAAAAUGAAUCGGGUUUAAUGCAAUACAACGACUUUUCAAAAAUAAUGAAACAGCUUGUUUGAAAGGAUCUUACACAGAUUUUCCAUGAAAAAAAGUUUCACUUCAAGUCUUUAAAGACGCUCCUGAUUUAAAGAAUAUUUGCUCUACAGACUGGUCCGAAUGCAGAAUUAUCUGGUUAUGAAGAGUAAUAAAAAUGAACAACGAA